GUACACCUUCUGCGUGUCGACGCCCAAGCGUUACACUAAUAACAACAAGUAGGUGUAAUUACGAGUUAGAUCAUCCACAUUUUUUUAAUAGCUAAUGAACGUGACGAAUAGUUAUUGUAUGUAAAUUUUUAUUUUAAUAAAGCCAUGACAAUUUUGGAAACUUGUUGGUCACCAUUUGUUUGGACCAAUAAUAUCAAGACAGGAUGUAAAGCUAUUGCCUUUUACACAAUUGCUAUUAGUAUAAUAUCUAUUACAUUAAUUUCCUAUCAAUUAAAUGGAGGUGAUUCAACUCAAUUGUAUAAUCCUCUUUUUGAGGCUGAUGUUAGAGGAUCGAUGCAAGUUGUGGGAGGAUUUUUUAUCUUUUAUUUUAGUCUCCUGAUUAUAUCAGGUGGUUUAAUGAUACAUGGAAUAAAAGAAGGAAUAAGAGGAUGGUUACUUCCUUGGCUUGUAUUAUGGUUUAUUGUAUGUUUAUUUCAAUUAGUUUUUGGACUUUGGCUUAUAGGAGGAUAUUAUAUUUAUCUUGAUGCAACGUUUGCAGCAAUGUGCAUUUGGUUGUGGAUGUCGUAUAAUAUAUACUGUUGGUUAGUAGUACUAUCGAUGUACAAAAUUUUUGAGGAACUGCAAUCUCCAAACAUAGAACUUCUAUGGCCUUAAAUAGCUACAUAAUACUAAUUAUAAGAUGUAGGAUACAUUGAUUGACACCAAAGUAAGAUACAGCGUCUUAUAAAGAUACAUUUAUAAUUUUCUACUUUGUAUAUUAUUUUUCAUAGAAAGUGUUUAUUCAAAGAAAUAUUUAAAAUAAUUUAAAUCAAACUAAAACCAUACUAUGUGUUCAUUUUGAUUAUUUAUUUUGAUACAUCUAGUAUUAUAAAUAUUGUGAACACAUAAGUACCAUACUUAGUGUCAGUAAUGUACAAUAAUGUAGUUCGAUGCCUUGAAAGUUUGUAACUUUCAUAUUUUAAUAAAAGACUGAUAAUGGUCUAAGGAA